AUCCUCUUGCUGUUGAAAUAAGUUACCAAACACACAUGGGGCCAGUCUAAACACGCGUGCUCUAACGGAAGCAUGAAGCUGUUCAUUUUAAUAACCCUGUUGGGGCUCAGCCUCACACAGCACAACCCGCAUUUCAAGCAUGGAAGGACAACAAUUGUCCACCUGUUUGAGUGGCGCUGGUCUGACAUUGCUGCCGAGUGUGAGCGCUUCCUGGCUCCGAAAGGGUUUGGUGGUGUUCAGAUUUCUCCACCAAAUGAACACAUUGUUCUGGACCAGCCAUGGCGGCCAUGGUGGCAAAGAUACCAACCAGUCAGCUACAAUUUAUGCUCCACGUCAGGCAGUGAGGAGGAAUUCAUAGACAUGGUCAUCAGAUGCAACAAUGUUGGGGUUAAUAUUUAUGUGGACGCUGUCAUCAACCACAUGUGUGGAAGUGGUGGUGGGGAGGGAAACCACUCCUCGUGUGGAAGCUGGUUCAGUGCCAGCAACAAGAACUUUCCAAGCGUCCCGUACUCUGCUUGGGACUUCAAUGUGAACAAAUGCAGAACGAGCAGUGGCGACAUAGAAAACUAUGGAGAUAUUUUUCAGGUGAGAGACUGCCGUCUGGUCAGUCUUUUGGACCUUAAUUUGGAGAAAGACUACGUCAGAGGCAAAGUGGCUGAGUACAUGAACAAGCUAAUUGAUUUAGGUGUAGCUGGAUUCCGAGUGGAUGCCUGCAAGCACAUGUGGCCAGGUGACCUGGAAAAUGUUUACGGUCGUCUUCAGAACCUCAACACAACGUGGUUUCCCAGGGAUUCCAAACCUUUCAUCUUUCAGGAGGUUAUUGAUUUGGGAGGUGAGGCCAUCUCUUACACUGACUAUGUCCAUCUGGGCAGAGUGACGGAGUUCAAAUAUGGUGCAAAAUUGGGAAAAGUCUUUAGGAAGUGGGAUGAAGAGAAACUGUUUUACACAAGGACCUGGGGAGAAGGGUGGAGCUUCAUGUCUGAUGGCAAUGCCGUUGUCUUUGUUGAUAACCACGAUAACCAGAGAGGUCAUGGGGCAGGUGGCUCAUCCAUCAUAACUUUCUGGGACUCCAGACUCUACAAGAUGGCAGUCGGCUACAUGCUUGCUCACCCCUAUGGAGUGACCAGGGUCAUGUCUAGCUACCGCUGGAACCGAAACUUUGUGAAUGGAAAAGAUCAGAAUGACUGGAUGGGCCCUCCAAGCAACACUAAUGGAUCCACCAAGUCUGUCUCUGUUAACCCAGAUCAGACAUGUGGAGACGGAUGGGUGUGUGAGCACAGAUGGCGCCAGAUCACAAAUAUGGUGAUUUUCCGUAAUGUGGUCAAUGGACAGCCUCAAAUCAACUGGUGGGAUAACCAGAGCAACCAGGUUGCCUUUGGACGUGGUGAUCGUGGUUUUAUAGUUUUUAACAAUGACGACUGGACCCUUAAUGUGACCCUUAACACUGGUAUGUCGGGAGGCACAUACUGUGAUGUUAUUUCUGGUCAGAAGGAAGGCAACACCUGCACUGGAAAGCAGAUUCUUGUUAGUCAUGAUGGGAACGCCCACUUCAAGAUCAGCAACUUAGACGAGGACCCCUUUGUUGCUAUUCAUGCCGAAUCCAAGAUUUGAUAUGUGAUGUCAUUAUUUAACCAUUUUAUGUUUACUGACCUGUCACCCACAGCAAUAUUCCUCAGAGUGGCACACAUUUAUUUGCUUUAUUUCUAAAUGCAAAUGUUCAA